AUCCAACGAAAUUUGAUCUAUAAAUGACAUCGCGGUCGUAUUCUCACCAGUCUAAGUCAGCAGUGAGGGGACAGACGGAUGGGCUGGGCGAUAGCGCUCCACGGCGGCGCCGGCGACAUCCCGCUUUCCCUCCCGGCGGAGGGGCGAGCGCCGAGGGAGGCCGCCCUCCGCCACUGCCUCGAACUCGGCGUCGCCGCUCUCAAAGCCAACCGACCGCCACUCGACGUCGUCGAACUCGUGGUUCGUGAGCUAGAAAACAGCCCAUGCUUCAAUGCUGGCAAAGGUUCUGUUUUGACCACGAAUGGUACAGUGGAGAUGGAAGCAUGUAUCAUGGAUGGUAACACUAAGAAAUGCGGAGCUGUCUCAGGUCUUUCUACUGUUGUUAAUGCUAUAUCUCUUGCACGACUUGUCAUGGAGAGAACUCCACAUAUUUAUUUGGCAUUUGAUGGUGCUGAGGCAUUCGCAAGGGAGCAAGGUGUAGAAACUGCACAUUCAAGCCAUUUCAUCACUCCAGAAAAUGUUGAGAGGCUGAAAAAUGCAAAAGAAGCAAAAAGAGUACAGAUUGAUUAUACCGAGCCCAUUAAAGGAGCCAUACCAAGUAGCAUAGGUGACAGCCAAAUAGGGACUGUUGGAUGUGUCGCAGUUGAUGGCCAUGGAAUCUUGGCUUCAGCGACAUCUACUGGAGGGUUGGUGAACAAGAUGGCCGGGAGGAUAGGAGACACUCCAAUCAUAGGUGCAGGAACUUAUGCCAAUUCAUACUGUGCAGUCUCUGCUACUGGCAAAGGUGAAUCCAUUAUCCAAGCUACUGUUGCUCGGGAUGUUGCUGCCCUGAUGGAAUACAAGGGGCUUUCUCUGAAGGAAGCAGCAGCCUAUGUUAUUGAGAGAACGCCAAAAGGUAAUGUUGGCCUUGUUGCGGUGUCUGCAAAUGGAGAGGUGACUAUGCCUUUUAAUACAACAGGAAUGUUCAGAGCAUGUGCGACUGAGGAUGGUUACUCGGAAAUCGGAAUAUGGCCUUCGGGGAUAAACGGUGAUUUGGAAUACCCCAACAAGUAAGAAUAAUACAAUGAUUUUGUGUUAUUCCUACAGGAUUGGUAAGAAGAAGUUUGUUUGAGUUCCUCAACCAGCAUGAAUAAGAAGGCUAUCAUGUGUCCUGUUUCAGCAUCAAUUGAUUCGUUAGCCUUAUUUGGAACCGUAGACCUAACGUGUGUACAACAUUAGAACAUAUUUCUGUUGGAUUGGCGGUUUUCUCAUUAGCUAUCUUGUGUCCAUGUUUCAGAGGUA